GUUGUAGCAGAAACGUGGCGUGGGAGUGUCCGACAGCUGCUGGGGGAAAUCUAGCUCGCGGACUUUUGAGUGACGUGAUGAGCCCGGAGCGCGCUCUGAAGCGCGUGACUCCUUCCUGCUCGCUUAUCGUUUCACCGGACGACAAGAAGAAAGAACAGCAGCUCAAAACCAUUCCACCUGCUCCGUUUUUAACGUGGUGAACGUGCGUUAGCGCUGUAGAGACAGCGCUAGCUUGUAGGGGGUUGAAAUAAGUGGUGGAAUUGGUGAGGACCGAGCACUCUGCCUUUACAAGUAUGGCCAGGAGGAAGCAGCGAGCACCCAAGCGCGCGCCAGCUUAUGAUUCAGAGGAUGUUGAAGAACCUGCCAGGCAAAAUGAGAACUUUGAAAAGGAAGACUCCAGAACCAGAGAGAAACCAGUGGGUAACAGUGACUUUAGGAAGGCCUAUGUCUUCCAAAAAUCAGAGGAUGAACACUGCUCCACUGCUGCCGAGUUUUCAGAGACUCACAGUGAAUUACACAUUAAUGAGUCAAAUGAACCUAUGUCAGAUGUUGAAAGCAGCUCAAUUAAUAUUAAAGACAAACCAAUGAAAGACUGUCUUAAUGAGGGAUCUGAGAAAUCAGUGUGUGGUUCAGAUAGUCUGGAACAGAUAAAAGCCAUUUAUAAUGGUUUUCUCCCUAACUCCUUUUGGUCUUCAGAGAGUCUUAAUCCUUCUCAGUCAUGUACAGAGAAAAGAUCUGAGACUUGCAGUAGCAGCAGCAGCCCUGGGGGUAAUUGCUAUGACUGGCACCAGUCUGCAGUUGCAAAGACCUUGCAGCAGGUUUCUGAAAAACAUCUUCACCCACAAAGGGAAAGCAAUCUUUUUAGCACUGUUCAGCUCUACCGACAAAAUGCUAGGGUGUAUGGGUCCAUCUUUAGUGGUGCAAGCAAGUUUCAUUGCAAAAGCUGUAGUGCAUCUUAUGACACGCUGGUUGAUCUAACAGUCCACAUGAAUGAUACAGGCCACUACCAAGAUGACAACCAUGAGAAGGCUGACAAAAGUGCCAAGAGCUGGUCCAAGCCACGCAAACGCUCUUUAAUGGAACUGGAGGGUAAGGAGGAUGCCCAGAAGGUACUACGCUGUAUGUAUUGUGGUCACUCUUUUGAAUCCUUGCAAGACCUCAGUGUACACAUGAUCAAAACCAAACACUACCAAAAAGUGCCUCUGAAGGAACCUGGAACAUCGAUUGCUGCUGCUAAAGUUAUCUCAUCUUUCAGAAAGAAAGUACCGGUGGAAUUAGAUAUAACUAAACUGAAUACCACUGAUCAGAAAGUGUCUUCUAAAGGGAGUCCAGUAAAUGUUAGUCUUCCCAAGGUUUCUGAUGUUAACAAGGAGAGUCUCAUGGACCGUAAGGGUGUGAGCAACACCAUGCAGAUUAAGUCACAGAUUUUGAGGUGUAUGGAGUGUGGACAAUCAUUUGAGUCUUUCCAGCAGUUAAGUGCCCACAUUAUGCUGACAGGUCACUUUGUUAAAGCCAGUCAGUCUCUCCAAAAAAUGGACACAUGCAUUUCUGAACAAAUAUCCUUGCCUGGGAAAAUUAAGAUGAAAAAGGAGAAGACGCCAAUAGAGAAACAAAGUUCCUCCACUUCUUCACCAAAUGGAACCACUGAAUCACCACAUACCACUACUCCUCUAAAGAAGUCAGAACUGGAAAGAAAGACCUUUCUAAAAGAAAAGCAUGGUAAAGAACCAGGAAAUGACAACAAUGCAGAGGAGAGAUACAGUAUUUCUUCAAAAUAUGAUUAUCUUACUGAGGAGGACCUGCUGGAGAGUCCAAAAAUGAACCUGGAUAUCCUCAAGUCCCUGGAGAACACUGUAACUACUGCCAUCAACAAAGCACAGAAGGGCACUCCCAGCUGGGGCGGAUAUCAGAGCAUUCAUGCUGCUUAUCAGUUGCAGAAUAACACAAAGCCUUCUCUCUACAACUCCUGCAUACAGCAACUGGUGCAUGGUGUGGAAGUUCCAUGUCUUGACAAAAGUGAAAUCUUUCCCAUCCCUCAACACAGCGCUCCUUCACCCAAAGUAAAACUACAUGCGAUGGAGGAACUGGUGAAGAAUGUAACACAGAACAUUGCUGAGGAAACAAGAAAGGACAAAGAUGAACAGGUUUCCUUAGCAAGAUACUUUAUAACCUCCUCCAAUACAAGUGCAGACAGGAAAUCAGCAUCCAAUUCUCCCACAGUAGAGGGACAUGAAACACUAAAGAACAAAGAUAACGAGAUUACUGGCUCAGAGAAUAAUGCAAGUGAGAGGGAUUCAAAAAAAUGUAAUGAAAGCUUCACAACCUCUUUAGCUUUCUGUGACGACAGCGCAGUAAUAACUGUUCACCCAGAGCCAAAACAACCAUUUGUUAGUCCUUUAAAUGCCCUUCAGUCAGUCAUGAAUCUUCAUUUAGGUAAAGCGGCCAAUCCUGUGAAGCCAGUUGAGGAUCCUAUGAGUAUGCUUCUAAAGAUGAGCAACAGCAUGGCAGAGAGGGCUGCGGUGGCUUCAUCUCCGAUAUCAACCUCAAAACCAGAACCAUUACAUCCAGAUGUCUAUCAGAUUGACAAAGACCAACCAAUAGAUUUAUCCAAAGGCAAAAGGAAUCAGUGUUUAGUUACUGCUUCUCUCCCAGGGAAAGUGUUAAACUCUCUUCCUGCUAUGACCAAGACUGAUUUAACUGAUACAAUAAAGUGCACUCCAGUCAGCCCAGUACAUGAGAGUGCCCUCUCAGACAUAUCAGACAUGUUACGCAAUUUGUCAGACACUCAUGUCUUAAAGUCGCAGACUCCUUCCCAUAAAUCAGAGAGAUCAGGUAUCGAAGAUUCUCACAUGCCAAACACAGGAGAUGAUGCAUCUAUGGUGCACAAAUGCAAGGGUAGGCAGUCGCAUUGGAAUCCUCAACAUUUGUUAAUUCUGCAAGCCCAGUUCACAUCAUCCCUCAGGAAAACAGCUGAUGGGAAGUAUGUCAUAUCAGACUUGAGUCCUCAAGAAAGGAUGGUAAUCUCACAGGUUACAGGUCUUUCCAUGACAACUAUCAGCCACUGGCUAGCCAAUGUGAAAUACCAGCUGAGGCGGACAGGCAGGACCAAAUUUCUGAAAAAUGUUGACUCUGGUCACCCUGUUUUCUUCUGUAGUGAGUGUGCCACACAAAUCCAAACGCGUUCAACAUACAUCUGUCACAUUGAGUCACAUCUCGGCUUUAAAUUACAGGACUUGGCUAAGUUCUCUUGUAAAAAUCCCAACAAGACAAUUGCAAAGCAUUCAAAGAACAUGUUGGAUAAAACUGUCCUGUCAUUCCUCUGAUCUGCUGCAGGUCCAGAACAGCUGUACUGACUAUAAACGCUGUGCUAUUAGUCUUAAGAUCAGCCGAAUCAGCGUUUAUAAAAACUGAGACACAGAAUCUGUGUAAUUGUUGUACAGGAUGUGUAUUGUAUGUUGAUAAAAAUACAAAAGGGUUUAUGAUCAUAAAAUGUAUAUUAACUCAUAAAUAAAAUAAAUAUCUGGUAGGAAUUACACCUCAUAGGAUUUGUUUAUGAUAAUUAGCACACAGUUCCUAGUAGAUUAUGUACAAAAUAGAUAUAUACAGGAUGUAGAGGGUUUUUUUUGUUGUUGUUGUUUGUUUUGCUUCUGUAUAAUCAGCAAUUGCUUUUCUUGAUUCUGAUGACAUUAUACAAUUCAAGUAGGUGACAAUUUGUACAUUUGUACAGGGCUACUUUAAUCAUUUUCAUAAUUAUUCAUCAUAUUAUUUAUUUAUUUAUUUGCAAUUGUUUUCCCUGUUGUCUAAAUCUAUUUGUGUUUGUUUCUGCAUAUAAAUCGGCAUUAUUUUCA